AUGCCGAAGAUGAUCCGAACCCCUAAUAAAAUGACAGAAAACAUGGCUGAUAAAGAAAUGCCAACAUUUAAGCUUGUUUUAGUAGGAGAUGGUGGUGUUGGAAAAACUACUUUUGUUAAACGGCAUAUGACUGGUGAAUUUGAGAAAAAAUAUGUGGCUACAUUAGGUGUUGAGGUCCAUCCUUUAGUAUUCUACACAGCCAGAGGCCCCAUUAAAUUCAAUGUAUGGGAUACUGCUGGGCAAGAAAAAUUUGGAGGUUUGAGAGAUGGUUACUAUAUUCAAGGUCAGUGUGCCAUUAUUAUGUUUGAUGUUACAUCUAGGGUCACUUACAAAAAUGUACCAAACUGGCAUCGAGAUUUGGUUAGGGUGUGUGAAAAUACUCCAAUUGUAUUAUGUGGCAACAAAGUUGAUGUCAAAGACAGAAAAGUUAAGGCAAAGACCAUAACUUUUCAUAGAAAGAAGAAUUUGCAGUACUAUGAUAUCAGUGCAAAGAGUAACUACAAUUUUGAAAAGCCUUUCCUUUGGCUGGCCCGAAAAUUGAUUGGUGAUCCAAACCUUGAAUUUGUUGAGAUGCCUGCUCUGCAACCCCCAGAAGUGGAAAUGAGCCAGACACUAGCAUUGCAGUAUGAGAAAGAACUUGAGGAAGCUCAAAGGAUUGCACUGCCUGAUGAUGAUGACGAUCUCUGA